AUGUCGGACCAAAUUGUUAGUUCGAGAGGUGGUUCUUUAUUUUUUGGAGUAUGCUUCAUUACACUAGCAUUUUGCCAUGUAGGCUUCAUGAUUUGCAAAAGGACGUGGAUGAUGCUUUGGCUGAUAAUUGGACUCAUUUUGGAGAUUACUGGUUACUUUAGUUCUGGUGGUGGUCAUGGAGUUCAAACAGCUCAAGUAAUAAUUGCUCCUAUAUUCUUCGCUGCUUCCGUGUAUAUCUCUUUUGGUGGUCUUAUGAAGCGAUUACAAUCACCUAGUCCAUUCAUAGUGAGCCAUGGCUUUCAAUCUUUUUUAUUUGUUGUUGGUGACAUUGUUUCAUUCGGUUCGCAAAUUGCUGGAAUUGUACUUCAGUUGGUCCUUGAUAACAGUGGGGUUGGAACAGGGAUGAUUAUAGGAGGGUUUGCGUUACAGAUUGUUUCUUUCUGUUGUUUCGUUACCUUGACAUUUGUUUCUCAAAGAAGGCUAAAAAGAGCCAGCGUUAGUUUUCCACAAGGUUUUCAUACGUGGAAGAGUUAUAUCACACCCUUGUAUGUGAUCAUAGUCCUAUUUUUCAUCGGGAACAUCUUUAGAUUGGUCGAGUAUGCCCAAGGAUGGAAUGGAUACAUUUUUCGCCAUGCUGCUUUUGCAUACGUUUUUGACAGUACCACGAUGCUUUUGGUAUGUCUUAUUUUGUUAGUAGUCCACCCAGGCUUUAUCUACGAGAAGAUCGAACAGUCAGCGGUUUUGGACUCGAAGGAACUUCGCACACACAUUUAG